AUGGGACCAUUCCCUGUAUCUUUCGGUUAUGUUUAUAUUUUACUUACUGUUGAUUAUGUCUCAAAAUGGGUGGAAGCUAAAGCUACAGGGACUGAUGAUUCUAAAGUUGCUACCGAUUUUAUCAGUUCAACACAUUCUCCAGGUGUCAACUGUUAUCAUCCACAAACUAGUGGACAAACGGGAGUGUCAAAUCGAGAGAUCAAGUCCAUAAUUGAACAGACGGUGAAUCUAAGUAGAAAAUAUUGGAGUUUGUGCUUGGAUGAUGCCUUGUGGGCGUAUAGGACUGCAUAUAAGAUGCCCAUUCGCAUGUCACUUUAUCAAUUGGUGUUUGGGAAACCAUGCCACCUUCCAGUUGAGUUAGAACACAAGGUUUAUUGGGCCAUCAAGAGUUUCAACAUGAAGAUGGAUGAAAGUGGAGAACACAGGAAGUUGCAACUACAAGAGUUAGAGGAAAUUCGCAAUGAUGCCUAUGAGAGUGCAAGGAUUUACAAGGAAAAGAUGCAGAUUGGACCUUUUGUUGUUACUAAUGUUUUUCCUCAUGGUGCAGUUGAAAUUCAAAGUUUAGCAACUUCCAACGUGUUCAAGGUGAAUGGCCAUAGAAUUAACCCUUUCUAUAAAGGUUUCCAAGUAGAGAACGUGGCAGAAUUGGACCUUGAGGAUCCAAUUUAUACUGAUUGA